AUGGCACAGGCGAUAGCAGUCGAAGCAGGCCCAAGCGAUGCAGCUGUCGUGCGUCGCACUCUGCGCAAGGUCGACUGGCGGUUGAUGCCGCUGAUGUUCGUCACUUAUAUGCUCAAUUUCAUGGAUAAAACGAUUUUAUCUAGUGCUUCGGUGUUCGGGCUCAUUGACGAUACUCACCUGGUCGACCAGCAAUAUAGCUGGGUGUCAAGUAUAUUCUACUUUGGCUACUUCUUCUGGGAAUAUCCGACCAACAUCCUCAUUACGAGAGUUCCAGUCGCCAAAUAUCUCGCCGCCAAUACUGUAUUCUGGGGCGCAGUAGUCGCUCUGACGGCAGCAUGCGUCAAUUACGGCGGUCUGCUAGCCGUUCGCUUCCUGCUUGGUGUUGCCGAGGCUACUAUUACCCCGGCCUUCAUGUUUAUCACCACCACCUGGUAUACUCGUGACGAAAUUCCGUUUCGGACGGGAAUAUGGUUUGCUGGAAACUCAAUCGGAGGGCUUGUAGCGAGUCUAUUAGCCUACGGCGUCGGUCAUAUCGAACAUCCACUUCACCCGUGGAUGUGGAUGUUUAUUAUCCUCGGCGUCGCGACUUUCCUCUGGUCGUUUGCGCUUUUUGCGUUUUUACCAGAUAGCAUCUCAAACGCAAAGUUUUUGACGCCAGAAGAGCGCGAGAUCAUGACCAACAGAAUCAUCAUCUCCGGCACCGGCAGCACGGAGAAAACCACGUGGAGAUGGGAUCAAACAGUCGAGUGUCUUAUCGACCCGAAAACUUGGCACGUUUUUGCGCUUGCUAUUCUAACGCAGAUCCCAAAUGGCGGUACUCAGAACUUUGGAAACCUUGUCAUCAAAUCCUUUGGGUUUACAUCUCUCCAAUCAACCCUCAUCAACAUCCCAUCCAGCGUGAUCAGCGCCGCAACAAUAUCCUUGACGGGCUUCCUCGCCGGACGGUAUCGGCAAUUAAACUGUAUCUUAAUCGUCGCCGUGGUUGCAUUAUCUGUAACAGGUAGUGCAAUCAUCUACGCGCGAAGCCAUCACGUCCCCAAGGGCGCUCAGCUCUUUGGAUAUUUCCUCCUCGCCACUGGGCCGAGCAUCCUACCGUUAGUCAUGUCUUUGGUUCAAGCGAACUACAAAGGGGUAACUAAGAAAAUGACUAUGACGGCAAUGAUGUUCAUUGCAUACUGUGCGGGCAAUAUCGCCGGCCCCCAGUUCUUCAAAGCCUCUGAAGCGCCACACUAUCAAACCGCCUUCAAGGCGAUAUUGAUCUGUUACAUCAUCUCAGCUGGACUGGCUAUCUCGUUGCGGGUGUAUCUGCAGUUCGCGAAUACGAGAAGGGAUCGUGAGGAAGGCAUCAAUGGAAGUGCAGGGGCGUCAGGAGUGGUGGCCGGUGGGAAAAUUGCUGAUGUUGUUGAGACGGUUCAGAAUGUAUCGCUGCAGCCGGAAGAUUAUGAUGAUGUAACAGAUUGGAAGACAGUAGGUUUUAGAUACCGUCUUUAG